UUCUAAGCAUGUAAAGCAAUGUGACUUGGCACCUGGGUGUUUGUUGCCUUCGAUACCGAUUCGCGUUACGCGGGAAGCAUUGAUUAAACAAUCAAAUGGCUCGGCCUGCCCUAUCCCCUAUCCUAUGCCUACGCCUCGUGUAGUUUCCAUCGAAAUUAUUCACUAUUUACACGGUCACCAAGAGAAACGGUACAUUCCGGAAUUGGAGGUUGUUUUGAUUUCGAUGAUUGAGUAAACAGUUGAUAAUAAUGUGGAACUCUCCUUUUGGGGUCUGAAAAAUAGACGACGCAAAUUGUUUGCAACGGAAUUCUUCCCACCUGUCAUAUAUAGAAAAGUUCCGAUCAGUGCCUACUUGUCUGGUUUCUUUAUUGUUCAAACCAAGGUAAUUCUUAGUGUCAUUUUAAGUAAAAAGUGGCUAUAGGAAGUUAGUGUUGUGAAAUAUUGGUUGAAAAAUAAAUUCAAUAAUUAAAUUACACGCCUAGUUACUGUUACUAACAAAUGUAAAGAAGUGUUAAGUGUAUGUGUGAGUAAAAUGUGUUAGGAAUGUGAAAAUGGAUAACAAGGAAGGAAACUCCACAGCUACGACUGUUUAUAGACUUUUGCAGAGUCCGGCUCCCAUCUGUAUGUUCUACUUUGCCCAUCCCUUCGGGAUCUCAUCACCGGCCGGGGAAGUAACUUCAAGGAAAACGACGGUUCAACGUCCUACCGAAUGUGAUUCAUGUCAAAAGCAGGCAGUUCCACUACCGGCUUCCAAAAACGAACGACAAGUUCCGAAUACGUUCACUGGAACCGAAGACCAGUUGAAAAAAGUUCCCAACGGUAUGACAAUGCAUUGCGGGAAAUCAACAGCUAAACAAAUGAAAUCGGAAAAUCGUGCAAAAUCCAAAAAGACCAAACACGGUCCCAACUGUACGGGAGCAGCAGCAGUGAAAACGAUGACCGAAAGCUUCUCGAUGAAACCACACUCGAAAAGUAAGAAACGUGCAAAUUUAAUCGAACUGGACUGCCGGCAGACUCCGCUGACGCCGUGGCCGAGCACUAUUUGGAAUCGGGAUUUCCUGAUUCCACCGCUGCUGCGAGUACUGGCCAAACAGCACGGACGCAAAAUACCAGACAUCGAGCAAAUUUUGCGCACCGUACGAACCGCCUGGAACACUCCGAAAUCUCAACGAUCGCUGUUACAAAGCCAGGAUAGUCGGGACUCAUCGUCGUCCAACAGGGACCUAUCGAGCUCGUGCGAUAGCUACUACUGUGACCAGGGGCGCCACCACUGCAACGGAAUGGGUGCCGGAACCUACGCCAUGGUGAUGGGCUCCGGACCAGGACUGUUGAGGAGACGUUACUCCGUGCCAGAGAUCAUCAUGCGAAAACAUACCUUAGCCCAGCAGAAGUCAUACGACGAGCCGUGCGACAGCAACCACAACGUCAUCGGUACGAACAACAAAAACUACUACCCCCCUCAAUAUCACACUCAGCAGCAGCAACCGCAAACACCGCCGAAUGGGGGGCCGAUGACACGCACUAGCAGUAAGGAAACUUCGACUGUGGUAUGCCAAAUGCCGCAACCGAAAACCCCACCGGUGUUGGUUCGUCGGAAAUCGAUUAUGAGGACGGCAAGCAGCGUGGAAAGUAGUACCCCGAGCAGCAACGGGCACAACAACUUCAACAUGACCACACUGGCUUCGACCGGGUCCGAGUCCAACUUGGCCACGAUGAAACGUCAGCCGUCGCUAGGUGGUAUAAGUCAAAGUCAAAAGUGUAGUAGUCUUAUUGGUAUAAAUAGUAGCACUAACAACAAUAAUAAUAACUAUAUUGGUCCUGUCGGUAGCACCGGGGUCGGAGGGGUGAGUGCCGGUGUCUUGGGUGGCUGUGGCGUGGGUGGUGCUGCUACUGCUGAUUUUUCCAUGAGAAAAUCAACUCUGCUGCGAAGGAUGUGGAGCAAAGAAAUGCGAAGAUAUGACCGGUCGGGCAGUUGGUCACCACCGUUGCGGCGAACACCGCGCCGAAUUUACAGCAUAGAAAGCAUCAUACCACCGGAAGGACUGGGUGGUGGCAGUGGUACGGGAAGCGGUGCCAGUAGCGAAGCAGGGAGUUGUGUGACAACCAGCACAACCUCGUGUAAGGAAUGUGCGAAGUUGGAAAGUCAGUACAAUAGUUACGCCAGAGGUGGCAAGUUGGCUGAAGAGUCCCCGAAAAGGCUUCGACUGGCGACCUCACUGAAUAGCGUUAAUAACAACAACAACAACAACAAUAACCUAACGAAAGGUGGUGAUAAUGUCGAGGGAUUGAGUCGUGAUAGUACUCCGGGAAGAGUUCUGGUGUCUAGUGAAGGUGAUAGUGUUAGUUUGGUAACCAAAAGUUCUAAACCGGAGGUUUCCAGCAGUACGGAGACUGCCAAUACUCCGUUGUUACGUCACCAGAAUUUAGUUGUCAAUGACCGCUGCAAACGUUAUUUGGUCUACAUGAAUGCCGGUCCGGUAACUCCCAGUACGGCCAACGAUGUUGAGCUAGACGAGGCUGAUCUGUCGAGCAGUACAUCGUCCAUUGCGUCCCAGGCAUGUAUGAGACCAAUCGGAAAUACUGGCAGCACUGGAACUAUCCUUGAAGCGAGCGAAGAAGGCACAUUAAUCGAUAACGAACUGGACGACGACAAGGACGGUGCCAGUACGGUUUUGAACGCACAGGAUAACGAAAGUGAUAUCAGUGAGUUUUUGCAAGAGGAAGCAUUUGCCCGGAACAAUGAUGUUGAAAACGAUCGGGAAGCUGAUACUGAGCGUGGUUGUGAUACUGAUGCUAAUGUUCAUCCUGGAGAAUGUGCUCAGACUUUUGGUGGUGGUGCACCAUCAGGACCUCUUGCUGUGAAGGUCAGUGAAAAUCAAUCGAACGGGGAACAUUUCCCAUUGAAGAAACAAAUUCCGCGACGAAACAGUAACGCGAGUAGCAGUGCGGUAAGCGUCUCAGCUGAAAGCACUGAUAGUGAAAGUUUAGACAAUGUUGCCAAUUUGGAAAGUGUGAGUGAGAAAACCAGAAACACUGCCCUAGCGCAUAGCGAUAUUUUGAAAAACGAAGAGCAUUUAGAUGAGUACAUAUCGAAUCUGCUGGUGGAUAACCUGAAUAACCUUUUGCAUACCAAUGAGGUUUUCGCGAGUAGUGUUGCCCAUUCGAGAGUGAGUGUUGCCGACCAGAAAAAUAACAAUAAACUGCUGGCAGACGGAAUUCAAUCGAUAGAUCAAAGUGAUUGCAGCCCAGCAGCGGUCAACGAAAUGAAACAGAAGCUACCCGAAAAAUAUAUUAAUGGCGGUGGUGGAGUGGUUUGCAAUUCGCCACCGGAACCAGGCAGCAAACAUCAGCAAACCAAGCUGGAUAAGGAAAAUGAGAAAGAGAACCAGGAUACCAUGAACAACAACAAUCAUCAUAACGGUGGUACGAAAAUCUCAUUGAAUUAUAUUCGCAAACGAAAUGGCGAACGGCAACCGAAUACCAACGGUUUCUAUUUGGUACCGAAAAAUGGUUCCCGGGAAUCGGAUGGUGUCCCGUCGGAAAUAGAUCUCAACGGAAAGUACUAUUUUCCUACGUACGGAAUCGAAACGGAUCCAUCUGAUUACACUGAUAUUGCUUCCGAACCGGAAGGGCAGAUAAUCAGUAAAAUCGGCACGGGUUCAACGUACAGAGGAAAAAGCCACUCCAAAUCUGUAAUAGUCUCCCGUAUGUCCGCUUUUCCGCGAACAGAAUCGAUGGAAGUUCAACCACCGUCCACUUCGGCCGAGGAGGAAUUCGACGAACUAGCCGGUAACAAUGGAUCUGAAUCGGACACUCCGAGUCUUGUUGACAGUCUUGACGAAGUGGAAAUCACUCCGCGAAGAAGACACGAACGUAAAAAGUUAUCUACGGUAGCCAAGUCGGCUCCGACGGUCGAGGUCACCACCAAAUCCGAGUCAGUCAGUUCGGAUAAAUCACCGCGUCAUGAAAAGGGUGAAGCUUUCUUUGUUCCAAUUCAGGACUCUGCCAUCAUAACGGACGAUCACAUUGUGGUUGCCGAUGCAAUGCCAUUGCUGAUCAAAGAACGACUUAACAGCCGCCAUCGUCUCAUGAUCUGGAGACGAGAACAGGAGAAUCUCAAGAAACACCGGAAAAUGAUGCGGCUGAUUGAGCAGAAGAAAUUCUACGGUGAACCAGCGAUUCAAGUAAUCAGCACAAUCGAUCGGGCUCUUGGUCGCAAGGAAUACAUUGCCCCUGAGGACAAAAAGCGAGUCUUCGGCCAAUCGUCGGCCAGAUUACCCAAGAAUAAAAAGAAGGGCAACCUUAUGCGGACUGAGUUGGGUAUGUUGGAAUCUUAUAAAAUCGAUGCCCGGGGAAAUAUGCAAAUUCAGAAUCCUGCGGGAGGAUCCAGCGGCAGUACAUCCAGUGCCAAGAAAGCUAGCAAGAGUCCAUGGGGUCAAGCCGCCGAACGGAGACAAGCACGAGGUACCGUGGAAGUUCCUGCCGCGCCAGUAUCCGCUAAAUCAACGGUGCAAUCCACAACGGCUACGACAAGUGUGUCGUCGAAAACAUCUCGAAAAAAACCGACUGACCCACGAAGAAAGCAAGUACUGAAGGACGUCCAUCAAAUGACACUUUACCAACAAGCAGAUCUUACUCCGGACACCGAAGGUGGCCCACGGCGAAUGUAUCAGAAGACAGAAAUUCAAGAAGGUGACAAACAUAUCGAAAUCUUGGAAAUAGUUGAAUGCGGAGACAGCGCUACUGGGAGCACUCCACGACGGCUCUCCCGGGUAAGAAGUGCAGGUAGCCGUUCGGGUCAAAAUAAAUCACGAAUUCCAGUGCCCAUCUACAGAUGGGGCCGUUACAGAAGAAGCAAUAUUUCCCGCGAAAAUAGUCCACUCUCGUCGGGUGGCAAAAAUCCAAAAGUCGAUCGGAUGAUCGCUGACCUACUACUGGAGGCAAUGGCAAACCCGGACGAUGUCGGUGUCAAGUUCAUAAACUCACCGGAAGAACUGAAAGAAACAUCCAAACGAUCACCGGGAAAUCGAAAAAACAACACGGCUAACAGCUCCACUCCGAAACGAUCGGCCAACAGUGGAAAGUACACCCAACGGUUCGAAGUGAUUCCGGAAGAACGAAGUAGCGUAUCGGUGGGAUCAUCCAGUGAGGAACUGUCGGGCAGUAGAAAGAAACACUCGUCACCUCGUCGGGUUAGUUUCGACGAGAACCACAAAAUUCUGAACGUGGAUGAACUCGUCCCGAACGCAUCUUUGCUGGUUCCGAAAGCCGUCUCCCCUAAACCAUCACCCAAACAAUUACCGAAGAAGGUAGCAUCAGCCACGUCACCCGGCCCCAAGGCACCUGUGCUGAAAAAAGGCAGCACCACAAGUCGCGGAAAGGCGGCCAUCCAGAGCGAUGUGGUCGAAGAGAAGGGCUGGAUCGGGUUCACCACCCAGCACGAGGACACGGCCACUCCGGUCAACGGCGACAAAGAUGAAGACAUUUGCCGUUCGCCAAUAGCGGUGAACAAAGCACUAACCGUAAAUGAUCACCAUCAUCGCGCAAUUCUAGCCGACACACCGCAGCAUGGCCGUAGAAGCAUUGUAAAAACAAUCACUACUGGGAACAUUGCACGUCACCAAGACACUUCCACACACCAGCAUAACAUAGUCGAUCACUUCCAUCACCAUCAAAGUGUCAACAUCAGCGUGAACCACGAUUCGGUGCCGGUGGUGUUGACCGGGGAAUCGCUAAUCUCCGUGGAUCAUGUACGAUCCGCCGUGGCUACCGUUGGGUCGAACACUAGCUGCAACGGCACAAUCGACGAAUUCGAUCGCAAUAGUUUGCCUGCAGGCACAUUCCAGCGAUCGAUGUGCAGCAAUGCCGUCAAUCAGCUAGCGAUCAUCACCACUCCGGGAACUCGAAAACUGACCAGUGGUGAAUUUUCAGAUGAUUCGUGCUUUACCGAUAGUCUGAAUGGGCCAAAACCGGACUCGAACGGUGUAGAUUUUAGAGAGCUCGCCGUUCCAGAGCAUCUGGAGCGCGAGUUCCGAUCAACCCAAUAUGGAGGACACCGAAUCAAUGAGCUGAAAUCUACAGCCGAAUCCAUGAAAGAGGUAAACCUAGAUAAUUCGUGUGACUGUAGUGAACCAAUUUAUCCCUACUGCCAGAUCCGAGAGGAGAAUGCUUGGCAUGUGUACGAGACGGUCGACUGUAAGGUUUUCCAGUCCAAAGUUGAGUACUACGAGACGUCCAUUCAUAGGACACCGCUUUUGGAAAACCAUAAAAGUUUAUUUGGUAACAUGAAUGAACGCACCCCGGACUCUAUACGAUCAACAAUUAUGAAAUCCGGCGGCUUCAACAACCAAGAGCUGGUUCCACACGAGUUAAUUCCGGAUGAUCGCUCGAACAUUACCUCUUCGGAUACGUUGGAUUGUCGUCACAUUCCAGCGAUAUCUACUAUGCUCACUACGGUAGUAAGCGAAGAACCUCCGAAAACUUCCGAAACUUGCAGUAGCUGUUGUUUCUGCAAUCCGGAGCUGCACAAAAACUCUUGCAAAUCAACCGCCAACUGUUUCUACUGCCAGACCAAAUCACAAUCACCCAGCAAAUCGUUCCCCAACCCUCCCACUCCUCCAAACAUUCAAAUGUCACCGAUUCCUCCAUCUCCGAAGACGCCAAUCAUGGAGCUAACACCAACUCCAACACUGCAGGAAAUUUCACUGCCAGCGAAAAAACCCUCUCAACCGGAACAACCUCAGGAGGUUCCCAAACCUCCACCGACCACACCCAAGCAUAGUAAAAAAUCAUCGCCGGAAGCAGCUACAAAGAAUGCUCCCGGUCCCGAAGCUAGCACCAGUACCAGUCCCUCGUCAAUCAACGGUCUUUACAAGGAGACUACCAAGAAGACUGAUCAUACUCACACCAAAAUAAAAAGUAAAGCUUCCGACACUGUCAGUACAAAGUGCACAACCUCCAACGAAAAAAUCAAACGCUCCUACGUGCCAUCAUCGACGGCAGAUUCGGACAAAUUGGAGGAAGUGUCGAAAAAGUUGACCCGCAAAAAAUCCGAAACCAGCUUUCUUAAUCGACCUAAGAACAUCAACAAUCUCAACCGAAGCUCCGCGGUCGUUCAUUCGGUGCAGAAGGAAAUCAAAAACGAACUAAAAACUCCCAUCAAAGUGCUACCUAAAACCGCGAAAGAACUUAACAAUCGGAAAGAACGGGACAAACAGAUUGACCUGAAUUUGCCUCUGGAAAGCAAUAACCACCCGAAAAAGCAUGAAAAGUCCAAAACCACUCUCGGUUUUGAGAACAUAGCUAAAACCAAACCCGCUCUGGGAGGAUCGUCCCAAAGCUACGAGGAAACCACUUCCUCCAGUUCGACCGACACCAGCCCGAACUCGAGUCCGUUCAAGAAAUGUGCCGUUCUACCGCCGGCCGCUCGCUGGAAGCACAACAGUGAACGGAACCUAACCCAGCUGACGAUGCAGAAGAUUACGACGGCUAGUAAAUGGGGUAACAAGUGGCGAAAGGCAGCCCGUCAGCAUGAGCAUUCGCCAGCACCGAUGGGUUAUGAGCUUGAGAAUCCACUGAGUCCGGCACGGCGAAAUCUACACGAAGAAACGCUACCGAAACGAUUAGCACAUGAUUUGAACGGAACUGGUGGGCUGACGGCAACGACGACUACAGCGACGUCGGCGAUUACUGCGGCCAGUUCCGCUGCCAUCAUUCCUAGCACCGCCGGAGGAAUCAGCCAGAGCACGACUGCCACUCAAGGAUGGACCGUCACAGUGGCAGGUAACUACAAUCCAGACAUGGCACCGGAUGUCGAAAUGCGGCUUAGUUUUCCAAAGCAGUCCAAUUCGGGUUCCGCUGGCAAGGCUCCGUUGGUGAACGGUAUUGCAAAUAGUGGCAGUGCUAAAACCGGCAGCAAUGGCUCCAGGCGUACUGAUAAUCAUUCCGCAGUGAAUGGACACGAAAAUGGCUAUCCGUCCGGUAGCCUAGCUGGCAGUCGAAAGCAGUACGUGGAGGAUGCGCACCAUAUUUCAGCCCGUGAUGGGACCAGUUAUGCCCUGCAGGAUAGUGACAGCUACCGGAUCAGCCAGAGUUCAGCACGAGCAGCGCUUCCACUGACAGCAGGGAUGAAUCCCAAGCGGUCUCUUUCGCGAUCGGAUGGAAUUGCUGGCGGCAGCAAGGACAAUCGUCUUCCAAAUGUUGGCUCAUCGAACAACGUUCCGGCAAGACAGAACGGCAAAAAAGCGGUCAAGCAGACCGUCGAAUGUAGCGUCAUAACAUCCGCUACGUCAAGAACCAUCGCCAAUAAGUACCACAUGCUCUCCCAUCAGCAUCAACAACCGCACGAAUCGACCCGAAAACAACAUCCGUAUAUCCAUCAAAUGAACUUGUCUUCCUCCCACCAUCAACAGCAGCAGCAACAACAACAGCAACAACAGCAGCAGUACCACAGCAUAGGUCCUCCACCGGGGACAACAACGAUAACCACAACCAGCAUUAAUGGUGGAGGAAGACGCGGCGGCCGACAUCGAACCAUGUCUAACCAAUCACUUCAUCAUACAUCAUUGCAAAAUGGCGGCGGUGGCAAAUUCCUCUCAUCCAACUCGCAUCAGACUCGCUAUCAUGAUCCGUCAGCCAUAGGCUAUGGGAACAAUCCACACCAAAAUGGUAACCGACGGGUGUCACUGGAGAGCAUCUACAGUGGACCGCAUCUGGAUCACCUGUCGGUGAUGGGUAACACGAUCGCACCGGAGCACAAACCCAAGGUACCGACGAUGAGCGAGCGGGAUCUGACGCGGAAACACCACCCCUGCUACGUUCGAACGCUGCCAUACUUUUCGUAGAUGACAACGCGGAAAAACAGCAGUAGAGCAGCAGAAUCUCAAAACUAUUAGUCUAGUCAAGCUAGGUUUAGUUUUUACUGUCGACAGAAGAAACAGUUCCGGUCAUACGUUCAAAUGUUGUUUUCUUUGUUAGUUGAACUUAUUCCAUAGGGAACAACACCAUGUAAAGGCAUUUAAAUUGUUUAUCGUAGGUUUAGCUGUUUAGUUGUAUAGUUCGUAAGAGCCGUAUAGCCCACGAACAAUUUGAAAGAAAAAAAGUAUUAUUCUAUAUUACCAAAUGUUUGAUCAUAUAAUAUUGUACAACUAAGACAAAAAUAUACUCAUAGUAAAUAUGACAAA